AUGGAAAGGCUGCCGACAAAACGUGCGUUGGCAUUAAGGAGUAUAUCGGUCCUGGACGAAAUGUGCGUCUUGUGUGGCGAUUAUGUCGAGACGUCCGAUCACAUUUUCGUGUCAUGUCAUCAUGCUCAAACGGCUUGGCUAUAUAUUGCAUCUUGGUGUAACCUACCGCCCAUUAUUGCUUUUGGAAUAAAUGACCUGUUGACACUUCAUGAAGUUAGCUCGGGUUCGUGGAAGAAAAAGAAAGCGAUACACGCGAUUGUUUUGGUUACAAUUUGGAGUAUAUGGAAAAUGAGAAACGAUGCCGUGUUUAGACAGAGUGUUCCAAAUACUAUGAAGAUGUUAGACGGGAUCAAAUCUUUGGCGUUCCUUUGGGUCAAGAAUCGUUUGAAAGAAUUGUCGUUAACAUGGGAAGAUUGGAGUAGGUUUCGGUUUGGUUAG